CAUCACUGUUUUGUCACAAAUUUUCUUUUGGAAAUGAUUAUUGCUUACACACAUUAAGUGUGUCCUACUUUUUACUAAACUCAUAAACUGACCUUUAAUACUCAACAUUCAGUCUUUGUAGCAUUCUUAAUUUCUAAUUAUUCUUUAAUUGUUUCUUAUUUCUACCUAGUAUUUCGUUGUUGGCAUACGUGUUUUAUGAAUUAUUCAAAAAUAUAUGGUCUAUGUUACCUUUAAUUAUUGAAACUGUGGAGCAGCGACUUCAAAAUAUAUUCCAGGAAAUAUCAUCAUGAUUGGCCUCUUUUUAUCUCUGCUAAGCUGGAUCGGACUCAGCCCGGUACCAUUAGCAGCCUACCUGAUUGGCACAACAGAGCCAGCAUUAAAGCUUUUAAUUUCUAUCCUACUAGGAUACCCUUUAGGUAUUAUAUAUAACAAAUAUGUGAGAGAGUACAAAGAAUACAGAAAUAUUUACUUUAUUGUGACUGGUCUGGACAUUGCCUUGUACAAUUUUGGUUUAUCUUUCUACCACAAUGUGAUACCGGCUGUUGUUAUAUAUUUGAGUACAAAAUUGUUAGGACCUGGUAAACACAAUGCAAUUAUAACAUUUAUUUUCAAUAUGACAUAUCUAUUGGUUGGAUAUGUAUUAACAGAAUCAGAAGAUUAUGAUAUAACUUGGACAAUGCCUCAUUGUGUUCUGACCUUAAAAUUAAUAGCACUAUCUUUUGAUCUUUGGGAUGGAAAAAAAAUGCUAAAGGGAGAGAAACUGUCGGAAACUAACAAAAAAACAGCUCUGGAAUCGACACCUCAGUUUCUUGAAUUAAUUGGGUUCCUUUAUUUCCCUGCAUGUUUCCUCGUGGGCCCAAUAUUUUCAUUUAGACGAUACCUCGACUUUAUAUCUGACAAAUUUCCUAUUGAGAAAGAAGCCCAUUCUUUAGAAGAACAAGCUAUGAAGAGACUUGUGCAGGGUUUAAGCUAUUUAGUGGCUUUUCAAGUUGGAAUAUCAGUGUUUAGUAUGAAAUAUAUGCUCUCUGAUGAGUUUUGGGAGACAUCAAUAAUAUAUCGUCACUUUUACAGUGGCCUAUGGGCACAUUUUGCUCUAUAUAAAUACAUAGCAUGCUGGCUACUGACUGAAGCCUCUUGUAUCCGUUUUGGAUUAUCAUAUAAUGGGAAAAAGAAAACAGAGAUGGGAGAAGUGUCACAAUGGGAUGGUUGUAACAAUAUAAAACUUAUGAGGUUCGAAGGUGCAACUAAAUUUCAACAUUACAUAGACAGCUUCAAUUGCAACACAAAUCAUUUUGCAGCUGAGUACAUCUACAAGCGUCUCAAGUUUUUGGGUAAUAGAAAUCUCAGUCAAUUUUUCACUCUGUUUUUCCUGGCUGUCUGGCAUGGCACUCGUUCAGGUUACUAUGUGACAUUUUUCAAUGAGUUUAUUAUAAUAUAUAUGGAAAAAGAAUUGGAAAGCAUAAUAACUAAAACUGAAAUUUACAAUAAACUCUGGGCCUCUAAUGCUAAAUACUUGCUGUAUGGUUUACUUAAAACUUAUACUAUAGUUUUCAUGGGAUGGAGUUUGAUUCCAUUUGAUGUCAAAGUAUUCUCAAAGUGGUGGCGAGUAUAUGCCAGCUUAUAUUUCUCUGGUUUUAUGCUCUUCUUGCCUUGGGCAUUAAUUUAUAAGCCUGCUGUAAUAAAAAUAGUGAAAAUGAUAUCACCACCAUCAAAAGAAAACUAAAAAAAUAUGUUUUAAAAAAAUUAUUUAUAGAAGAAAUCAGUAUAAGUAUCUUUUUGAACUGAGGGCAUAAUUAGUUCUACACUUCUACUAAAUUAAAAUAAAUUUAUAAAGAGAACAAAAUUAGGUUGUAGUUUAUAAUUAUUUCCCUUAGAACCACAAUCUGGGAUUAAACCAUUUAAUUUGCAAUAUCUAAAUAUGGAUAAUAUAUCUAUAUUAUCUGAAUUUAGGUCUUUACAAGAUAUGAAUAUAUUUAUAAUAUAUUACACUUGUGCAAUAUUUUUGUACACUUGAAACACAAGUUUAAUUUUUAUUUUAAAAUCGGUUAAAAUUACUUAACUCACUAUAAUUCUGUAGUUUAUGUAGUUGAGGUAUUAAUCCUGUAAGUAUAUUGUAACCACAUAAAGCAAACAAUAAGUAUUUUAAAAAUAUUGCAUUAUUAGUGCUGCCAAUAGUAACUAAGUUACUUUGUCUGAAUCAAAUACACCAAAAAAUGUAUAAAGCGUAAUGUAAAGAAAUAUUAACACUUUGUAGCUAAUAAUUGCUUGGGUCAAUCAAGUAGCAUUAACGUUAUAGAAGUAUAGAUGAGUAAGAUGUAAUAUGAUAAUGGUUAACUAAUUUUAUAUUAGUUAUUAUAGUUACUGUAAUAAUUACUUGCUUGUACAACAAUGUAUGAUGAACAUUGUAUUUUAUUUUACAAUUAUUUUAUGCAUUAUGUUUAUUUUUAAGUGACACGAAUAUAAUUUUCUAAUAACUGCAACAAACAACAUUAGACAUAAAAUAUUGAUACUUCAGGUCAAGGACUAGUAGAGAGUUCAAGCUAUAUUUAUGUAAAUAAUUAUUCAUUUAAAUUUUUAACUAUUACUAUUUUGUAUAGUAUUGUAGAGCGAGGUACAAUUUCAAUAAAAUGCUACUUAUGAUAG